AUGAAGUCUUUGGUAGUUCUGGUUUGCCUGGUGGCGAUUGCUAGCAAUGUUUUCAAGCCACUGCAUGGAGCCUUUAACCCGGAAAUGGCUAGGUUAUUCCUCCAAAACAUGAAAGGUGACAAUAAGCAACUGCCGGGGCAAAUGAUACCAGGCAAAUUGCAUGGCCUGCGUAGUCAGUCCCAACAACAGAUGCAACAAGAAGAAGAACAAAUGAAACAAAUUGGAAGAAAAAUGCAACAGCAAAAGGAGGAGGAACAAGCCAAGCAUAUUGGAAAACAACUGCAGUUGGAAAAGGAGAUGAACAUAUUCAAACAGAUUGGAAGAAAACUUCAGCAACAAAAACAGCAACAGCAUCAGCACCAGGGACAACAGCAAUGGAAAGGUGACAUGAUUAAAUGUCCUCUCAGGCAACUAAAUGCACAAGACGACGAUGAAGAACAGCAGCAGCAGCAGCAGCAGCAACAACAAGGGCCACAACAAGGGCAUGAGCAACAGUAUGACUGGGAAGAUUACGAUAAUAAACUUCCACCAGACCAGAGCUUCCACCAGACCAGUGGCAAUGGCAGCAACAACAGGGGUCCGAAUCUCCAGGAGCUUCCACCAGACCAGUGGCAAUGGCAGCAACAACAGGGGCACCAGCAACAACAGGGGCACCAGCAACAGCACUGGCCGCAAGAACCGCAAUACCCGCAAUAUCCGCAACUUUCAGGUCCGAAUCUCCAGGAUCUUCCACCAGACCAGUGGCAAUGGCAGCAACAACAGGGGCAUCAGCAACAACAGUACUGGCCACAUCCACAACACCCGCAACAUCCGCAAUUUCCGCAAUUUCCGCAACUUCCACAAUUUCCGCAACUUCCGCAAUUUCCACAGCAACAACAGCAGAUGCCGAUUUUCCCGCAGCAAAAGUAUGGUUGGCAAGAUUACGAUAUUAAAGACAAAGAUUGCGAAGAUCAACAGCAGCAGAAGAAGCAUCUUAGGAGACGGGCAAUACAUUAG